CUCGUUUUCGCGCAUGCGAUCGUUUGGCCGUGUAAUUUCAUACGCCUACGCUAAGCAACACGGUCAUUGGAAGCUAAGCCUUCUUAUUGCCGCAGAUAACGCCACUUCGACACAGUUUUUAAACGGCUUCAUUAAAGACGAAUGCGAAUAUCACUAUUUCACGUUCACCGUUCGUCCGCGCAGGGUACCUACUCGUUUCUACAGAUGUUAAGAGUUAUUUUUUUAGUGAAGAGAUUAUGCUGCUUUUAAUCAAAAUAUCAGAAGAACAAGAUCUGAACUAAUUAAUCAGGCAAUUAAAUUGUUAAGGUGUACAGUACACAAUAAGACCUCAACGUUGCAGAAUUAAAAUCAAAAAUAGUUGAAUUAUUUCAGUCUAUACAACCAAAUUUGCAUAGUAAUUUGAAGCCCUGUUUUACUCAAAUUUAACCAAAUCAGAGAUUGUCAGUCAUUUACUUACCCUAAAAAAAAUAUGAACCAACCACCGCACUUCUCUUUACAAUCAACACACAUCAACUUAUUCCAUUCUCUAAAUGAUUACAAGUUUAAAAAACUGCCAUUUUUUGAAAUUAUUGAAGAAAUUAUUGGGUUAACUCCUCUAAAUAGCCUGGGUAACCAAUGUACAUUAAAAAAUCCACCUAAAGGUUUAAAAGAAUUUGUAUUUACAUUCAAGAUGUCUGCAGAGCAAAUAAACCUGUUAUCUUUAAAUCGUGAUAUUUCAAACUCAAAACAAGAAUGUCUCUAUCAAUGUCAAAUUAGAAUUUGUCAAAUAGAACCCGGGUGUUUUGAGGUCUCAGAUUUUUUUCCCAAUCGACUCUAUGUUCGAGUUGGAGAUCAACCUUGUCCAUUGCCACCUAUUCCUUUAAAAAAACGACCUGAAUUUAGACGACCUGCAAGCCCUAUUGAUUGUACUUGUCAACUGAAUUUAAGUCCUGAUGUUUCAAAUCUGAUCAAAAUUAAUUGGACUCCUGAUGGAAAAAAAUAUGCCAUUACAAUAUGCAUUGUAAAAAAAAUAAGUGCAGAUAUUUUAAUCAAAAAUCUUCAAGAUAAAGAGGCAAAGAGUUCACAGGAUACAAAAAAUGAGAUUGUUGAUAAAUUAAUCAAUUCUGAUCCAGAUUUUUCCAUCACAUCAAAUCAUUUUUCUUUGUUAUGUCCAAUGAGUAGAACUAGAAUGAAGAUACCUGCAAAAUCGAUCAAUUGUGAUCAUAUAAAAUGUUUUGAUGCAGAUACAUUCAUUAGAAUGAACGAGAAAAAAUCAACAUGGCUUUGCCCAAUUUGUAAUGCAUCUUGUUCAUACAAUGAAAUAAAAAUUGAAAGUUAUUUUAUGGAAAUCGUGACAAGUCCUAGACUUGAAGACGGUGACCAAGAAAUUAUAAUUUGUGCUGACGGAUCAUGGGAGAGAGUUUUGAAAAUAAAAAAGAAUAACACACAUGUCUCUAAAGAAGUAAAAUCAAUUGAACUUAUGGAUUCGGAUAGCGACGAUGAAAAACGUAAAGAGUCUAAAGUACAGCCUGUUAGUUUUGUUAAUUUAAAUAGUGGCAAUGAAAAAUUGAUUAAGUCGGAAAAAGAACCUAAUUCAGGAGUUUCAUAUCAGAAAUCUAAGACUUUGAAAUCAAAUUUUCUAAUCGAUUUGACAUCAGACGAGGAGGACGAACCAUCAAAAAAAAUUAAACUGGGAAAUUAUUCUCGAGCAGUUGAUACUAAACAGUCAAUUACUACAGUUGAUUUGCAAAAAGUUCAGCCACAACAAGUUAUCAGUUCUAAACAAGAAAUAAUUGAAUUUUCGUCCACUUCUUCAAGUCCAACUACAACUGAAGCCUUGUAAUUAUUUUUAUAUUUCGUUUUAUUAUUUUUAAUGUUUUGUUUUAUUAUGUUUAUACU